AUGAGUGAUGCACGACAAGAACACACAGCAUCUGUAUUAUCAAAUGGAAAAGUAUUAGUUACAGGUGGAUUCAAUCACAAUAUUGGUUUUUUGAAUAGUGCUGAACUGUAUGAUCCAUCAACAAGCACUUGGACAACUACUGACAGUAUGAUUGAUGCACGAGAGCAUCACACAGCAUCUGUAUUAUUAAAUGGAAAAGUAUUAGUUACUGGUGGAGCAGGCAUUGAAUUUAGUGCUUUAAAUAGUGUUGAAUUGUAUGAUCCAUCAACGGGUACUUGGACAACUACUGGUAACAUGACUAAUGCACGAGCUUAUCACACAGCAUCUAUAUUAUCAAAUGGACUAGUGUUAGUUACUGGUGGAGCUCACAAUGGUACUAUUAUUAGUUCUGAGCUGUAUGAUCCAUCAACAAGUACUUGGGCAAAUACUGGUAACAUGACCAAUGCACGAGGUCAGCACACAGCAUCUGUAUUAUCAAAUGGACUAGUAUUAGUUACUGGUGGAUACAAUGGUAGAAUUGCUUUAAAUAGUGCAGAAUUAUAUUCAUUAUUCAGAACAAAUUAA